UCCCAAGCGAAUUGCUGCAGCGAGAAACUACAGUCUUCUCCCUGCUCCCAGUUCUCCGGGAUAGGUUAUCAUCCUACCAUGCGACCAUUCCACAGCUUGUCUUUCUUGUAGCACAUACCUUACUAAAAUAUUAUAAAGACGUCUAUUAGGACAACCUGUUGGUGUUGCCUUCUACAGCGCAUCAUGGAUGAUGAUAAGAACAGGACUGAAUUCGAGAAUGAGAAAAAGGACGAGAAUAUGGACGAGAAUGCCUGCAGCAGCGGCGACGAGCGAAAGCCGUCUCUUCCCGGCACCGAUGAUUCUACCAGAGGUGGUCGUUGCGCCGAUGGGGGAUCCGAGCCUUUGGCUGAUGGAACAUCCGAGCCGUUGACUGAUGGAAGAUCAGAGCCGUCGGUUGAUGGGGAAGCCGAUGGGGGUUUCGCGGAAUCCGGUGGUGGAAUAUGCGCGGAUUCCGCAGGAUCUCUAGAUAAGAAGCUCUUUGCCCUGCAUUUGGGGCCCGAAACGGGGAGAAGCGGAGGGGAUAGCGAAGAAGGAGAGGGGGAGGUUCGCAGGGUGGGCGCUGGGAUUGGAAGGGUUGUAGGGGACAAAGGCCUGGAAAAGGCGGGGGAAGAAGCAUUGGGGGAGAGAGAUAUAGCCGCAGAGCCAGAUCAACAGGGUGCCUUGAACAGUGAGGACUCCUUGAAUAGUGAAGGAGGCUCCGCAAAUAGCAGGGAGGGCUCGGUACAUAGUAGACACAGCUCGAUAGAUAGUCUGCACGGGGGGGAGGAAGCAGUGGUGGGGAGUGCAGGCGGGAAGGGGAAGGGGCAGACGGGCAGGGGAGGAGCAGCAGGAGCAGCAGCAGCAGCAGCAGCAGCAGCAGCAGCAGCAGCAGCAGCAGCAGCAGCAGCAGAAGCAAGCCGUAGAGGGGGAGGCAAUGGCAGUAAUGGCAGUGAUAGUGAUAGUGUGGAGAGUGGGUUUUGCGGUGGGGGCAGCAGCAGAGGCAGGGGAGCUCGCAGGUACAACAGUGGUGCUGUUGCUGGUGGCGGUGGUGAUAAUAGUGAUAGUGACAGUGACGAGAGUACAGCUGGCAGCAAGCCCAUGCAGGGAGGAGGAGGGUGCGUGGAGGAGGAGGAGGAGGAGGAGGAGGAGGAGGAGGAGGAGGGAGAAGAGGGAGGAGGUGGAAGAGGAGGGAGAGAAGAGGCAGGGGAGGCGGUUAAGGGAGGAAGGACGAGUGGAAAACAAGAGCGGGGAGGGUGGGGGGGCAACCCCUUGUGGCGUGAGGCGUACGAGGGGGAAAUUUCGGGUGGUGGUGGUGGUACUGCUGCUGCUGCUGGUGCUGGUGCUGCUGGUGCUGGUGCUGCUGGUGCUGGUGUUGCUGGUGGCUGGGGAAGGGGAGGUGGGAGGCAAAAUGGGGGAUGGGAGAGAAAGCGAGAGGGGGGUAGAAGCAGGGGAGGGAGAGAUGGAGGGAGGGAUGACACGAGCAGUGCUAUUAGUGGCUAUGGGGGCGUGGAGGUGGGGAUGGAGGGAGGAAAGGCGAGGCGGAGGAUAGAUGGACAGCACCAAUUUAUGAAGGAGAUUGUGCGCGUUCAGAAGGACAGGGAGGUCUAUGAGCGGCUCUAUCAAUGUGCCGCCGCCACUGGCGUCACUCCUGUUGCUGCUGCUGCAGCUGCUGCGAAGCAGAUGCGAGAGGGAGGGGCAGGGGCGGGCAGGGGGCACGGCACAGAAGGAGGAGAAUCACCUGUGGUGAUGACGUGUCAUAAACCUGCGGAGCAAAAGGGAGAGCCGAAGGGGGCGUUUCGAGGAGAUGUUAAAACGAGGGAGGACUGCAGAGGACGAGAGGGGAAGGGAGGAGGAAAGACGGCACAGCAGGGGGAUGCAGGGGAGGGGUUAGCAGCAGAGAAGGAUGGGGGUAGAGAUGCAGGGGGGAGGCAGCAGCAACGAGGGGAGCAGCAUGGGCAGCAGAGGAAGGGCAAGGAUUUAAAAGUGGGGGCAGAGAGGCGAGAGGGCAAGGAUGCGAGAGAGGUGGUUGUGCAAGACUUGCAGGAAGGAACAGGGGAGACCGGUGAAAGCAUUGAGAGGGGCAGGCAUGGCAGCAGCAGAAGCCGAGUGGGCACAAUGGGGAGCACCCAGGGGAGACGUGAAGGGCUUGAUAAGGGCAACUACUCCAGGGGGGAGAGGAAGGGGGAGAGGAGUGGAGGCGAGAGGCGUGGGGGGGAUAGGUCAGCUGGGGGAUGCGAGGAGAGGACUCCAGCAGGUGGAAGGGGGGAUGGCAGGGGUGCUACCAUGGGGGAUGUGCCCAGUAGCAGCGGUGAUGGCAGUGCUGGCAGGGAGGGGGGGAGGAGGAGGGUGAGCGGGGUGGGAGGCGGUAACCGGCUGCUGGACGCAGCGUUUGCUCCGGUGCUCAGUGGGUUUCACCUGGGGGCAGGGGGGGCAAUAGGUGGAGGUAAAGGUGCAGCAAGGAUGGUAGAUAGGCAGGCUGAAACGAAAGCCAGGAGAGAGGAGCAGCCAGGGCAGACAAAAGAGCAGGCGCAGGAGCAAGAGGAGGAGGAGGUGGACUCAUUGGCAUUUUCAAGCUUGAACCUUCAAGCGUCGACACAUGGGGGAAGGACUGGUGACAUACCCAUUCGAAGGAGCCCCGCUGAGGCGGUCACCCAUGGCACCCACCCACAUGGGCGUGUGGAGAAGAUGAAAGGGGAGGGGAGCGGUCCAUUUCUAUUUGGUGCGGGGUCCCACGGUGCUACUAGUGAUACUGUCCCUUCCCCUGCUGCUAGGGGUAGCAAGAUUGGUGGGCAAGGGAUGAGCAUGAGUGUGGCACCACCCCAUAAUGCUCCUAUCCCUGCCCAAGCACCUGAUCCUGGUCGAGCUACCAGCCCAGGCCCUCCUGGUCUCACCCCUGGCUGCGGUGGCGUGGCGGCAUUGACUCCUUUUGAGGAAGCAGCCGCACCCAGUCAUCAGAGCUGGGCGGAUAUGGUGGACGAAGACGAAGCGAAAGGGGAGGUGAGGAGCGGUGUGAAGGAAUUAAGAGGAGUGAAGGAAGGCAGCUCGAAGCCUGGUCAGGCGGGGGUUGUGCCAUAUGUCCCACCCUUCCGGACAGCGCAAGCACAUGGCCUUGUCAAGAAAUGAACAGCUUCAUAAUCGGGUUUUUAGGCUCAAGCUAGUAUUUUAUUGUUUGCAAUCCAGAUUCAUGGGUUUUUUUUUUGUAGUGGAUCUUGUGUUUGAAUCAAUAUGUUUUGGGUAG